AUGGACACAGACACGAUCAGGCGCGAGACCGAGCUUGUGCGGGCCGACUGGGCCGGGCGCGGGCGCCACUGGGACCGGCGGGCGGACGAAAUCGCCGAGCAGGCGGCCCGCAUGAACGCCCCGCUCAUCGAGGCGGCCGACAUCGCACCCGGCCAGCAGGUCUGCGACAUCGCAACGGGCGCCGGCGAGCCCGCGCUCAGCGUCGCCGCGCUGGUCGGCACGGAAGGCCGCGUCUUCGCCACCGACCUCUGCCCCGAGAUGAUGCUGGGCGCCCGCCGCCGGGCCGCCGCCCAGGGGCUCCGCAACAUCACCUUCCGCACCGCCGACAUGCUGGCGCUCCCCGACUCGGACUCCGCGUUCGACCGGGUGAUCUGCCGCUUCGGGCUGAUGUUCUGCCCGGCGCCUGCGCGGGCCGCCGCCGAGGCGCUGCGCGUGCUCAAGCCCGGCGGGCGGGUGGCCUAUCUGGUCUGGGGGCCGCGCGAGGAGACGACCAUGUUCGUCGUCUUCGUCGCUGCCGCCGAGGCCGUGCUCGGCCCUCUCGAUGAGGUGGAGGAGAUCGAUCUCGCCCGGCCGUUUUCCCUGGGCACGCCUGGGGCACUUGCCAGCGCGCUGACCGAAGGCGGGCUUACGGAUGUGGAGGAGCGCGAGGUCCGCUUCGCGCCCCGGGUCCCGGCGGAUGCCCCCUUCUGGCAGGCCCAGUUCGACAUGACCUUCGGCCGUGCCCUCGAUGGCGCCGGGGAGGCCAAGCGCCACGCCUUGAAAGAGGCCGUGGCGGCAGGCUUUGAGCACCUUCGGGAGGAGGACGAGGUCCCUCUCUCGGUCCAUGUGCGGAUCGGCACCGGGGUGAAGCCGACAGGCUGA